AUGAUACCAACGGAUUGUGAUGACAAUAAUAAAAUGUUUGUAAUAACAAGGGGAAUGUCUGCCAAAAAUAACACCAUGGUAGACAAGGAGAACUACAACUCUCAUUCGAAGUCAGGCCAACUUCACAUUUGGGAUUUCAAUUUUCAACCAAACUUCGACGAAUACAUGAAGGAAUUGGGUGUCGGUAUGGUUCUACGCAAAAUGGGUAACAGUGUCAGCCCCACCGUUGAACUGAAGAAGGAUGGUGAUAAUUACUCUUUCACCACUACCUCAACCUUUAAGACAACUACGGUCAACUUCAAGCUGGGCGAGGAAUUCGAUGAAGAGACACUUGAUGGUCGCAAAGUGAAGAGCGUCUUCACUCUGGAUGGCAACAAAUUGGUGCAAGAACAGAAGGGUGACAAACCAUCGACCAUUAUUCGUGAAUUCACUGACUCUGAGCUAGUGACUACUCUCAGCCUAAGCAUAAUUUUAUUGUAUAUGAAGCAAGAAAAAUUCACUAUACCAGGACCGGUUAUGGACUUCAUUAGUCCCGAUACGUUUGAAUAG